GCGCCCUCAUUUGACUCAUUUAAGUUGCGCAAGCUCGAAGCAAGAUGGCGUCUUUACUGCGAUCGCCGAAAAUUCUUCGUGUUGUUCCUGAGUUGUUGCGAACCAUUCAAAGACAAUCGAGUACCUUGGGAUCAUCAAUAGGGCGCCAGACGUUGCGAAGAUCGGUUUUACCUGUUCGGGAAAAUUUCAGAUUGGCAUCAACCUCCUCUAUUCUGGCCCAGAACCCACAGAGCCACGGUCACGUAGGCCAGGCAGCCAAAGCAGACAAUGAGUUCCGCGUGGUCCUACGUCGUCUUGACGAUAUGGUGCGAAGGACGGGACGGAUCACAAAGAACCAACUCAUGGUGGUCUUUGAUGAAGUCUGCAAAGUGGGAUCUGCAUCCCCAAACCAGGCCCUUCUUCUGAUCAGGAGUUGUGGAUCUCUGCUCCCUGAGGUACCGUCCAUUGAAAGGACAGAACUGGCCCACAAAAUCUGGGACAAAUUGGCCACCAUGGGUGUAACCUACGACGUCAGCCACUACAAUGCUCUCCUCAAGGUGUACCUGCAGAAUGAACAUACUUUCUCACCCACUGAUUUCCUUGCCCAGAUGGAAUCCAAAUCGGUGGAGCCCAACAGGGUGACGUAUCAGCGGUUAAUCAGUGCCUACUGCCUACUUGGCGACAUCCCAGGAGCAACCAAGAUCCUGGAGUUUAUGAAGGCCAAAGAGCUUCCAGUUACUGAAGGAGUCUUCAACUCUCUCAUCACAGGCCAUGCUAGGGCAGGGGACAUGGAGAAUGCACGUAACAUCCUUGAUGUCAUGAGGAACGUUGGACUGGAGCCAAGUCAGGAUACGUAUGGCGCCCUCAUGUGUGCGCUCGCUGAGAAGGGAGAUAUUGAAGGCAUAGAGGAGGUGAUUCAGGAGGUGGAGUCUCAAGUUGGGGAGAUUGCUGACCGAUAUUAUCUGAGUGUUGCCUACAGUCUUGCCACGUCUGGGCAUCAGCAACACGUUUCCAAGAUCUUGGAAAGGUUACGACUGGCUGCAGGAUUUGUCCCAGACACGAUCAACCUGUCCCUCAGUCUAAUCACCAGGGGACAACUAGAUGCAGCCUUCUCCAUCCUCAAGAUGUUUGGUGCUCGCAAGGCUGAAAACAGCACCGGUACCGAGUCUCAAAAUCAAGGCAGCUUCUUCAUCGAUACGCUUGUGCAACUCGGAACGCCCCAUGCAGUACUGUUCCAAUACCUAGAUGCUAUGACGAGUGAGGGUCUCCACACUUCGCCGUACAUUGUCGCCUUGCACGUUGGUCUGAGAAACCAGGGCGGUGUGGUCACUAACGAAUACAUUCUUGGAAUAAUGAAGCACAUGAUGGAAUCGGGUGUAGCUGUCCGACCUCACUACUUCUGGCCCAUGAUGUCAGCAGAGGCCAACAAGGGGAACAACGAAGGGGUGUUGCAGCUUGCUAAGGCCAUGGUGGAUAUGGGAGUACACAUCAACGUGGAGACCUACUCCAAGUAUCUGAUUCCUGCCAUAGGCGACAAGGCUGAGAUGAUCGUGGAGAGAAUUAAGGAUCUCGGAGUUACAGUGGACAAGCAAGUACUUGCAGCACUGUGCAGACACGAGGUCUCCAAGAACAGACUAGAUAGCGUUGUCCAAUUACUGAACAGCUUUCCAGAUCUGGUGGUAGUGUCUCUCUUCAGGACUGGGCUCAUUAACUCCUUCCACAGGUCCCCCCAAGUGGAGCCUCUUGUGACCCUGGUGAAUAAUCUCUGGACACAGUUCGAUGAUGACGAAAAUACGGGAAUCAGCAAACAAGAUUAUGUUGGCGGUGUUUUGUACGACCUAGUGAGAGCUAUACCUGAAGCAAAGGCAGCCAGUCUCAAACCUCACCUGCAGCUGCUCUUUGACAAGCUUGCCGAUAAGGGAAUUCAAAUCGCCAUGCAGCGUUUCCGAGGCAUUCGUAAUCUCCUGGAUCAGAUCAAGCUACCUAUGGUCAAGCCCCAUGCCUACAAGUUGCUAGACCCUGCAGAGGUUAACUCCAACCCAAUGGCUAACCUCGACCUUCUUACAAACAGUGACAUUUCUGUGGAGGAUCUGGAGUCCCAUCUGACAGAGCUUAAGGAGAAGGAUGGUAACUACCGAGGUGUCAUACGACGACUCAUCCUGUACCACACGGCCAAUAAUAACUACCAACGAUCCAUAGAGUUGAUCGAAGAGUUCAAAGCGAAGGGCUACGAGCCGACGGGAGCAAUAUAUGCCUCCUUGAUGAGCGUCUGCUCCCACCACAAACGUUAUGAUGAAGCGUUCAAUUUCAAAAAGCAAUUGGAGCAAGCCGACCCACACUUCAGGCUGGAUAUGUCCAAGUAUAGACCCCUCAUCUGUCAUCUGGCUAAGGAGAACAAAAUGGAAGAUGCUCUGGCCCUCGUCCAAGAGAUGAAAGAACGAGAUAUCGGAACAGACCGACAGGAGAAACAGCUGUUUCAUCUCCUGAACGAGCUUGCCCAAGAGGGCCUGACCGACCAGACACAGCAGGUCUUUGACAAAAUGGUGACCCUUGAACUCAUCAAGGUCAACGCCAACAUCCUGGGACCCGUUGUCAUGGCCUACAUUAUCAAGAAGGACAUACAGGGUGCCUUGCAGUGCAUUCAGGAUUGCCAGACCAAGUACGGUGUCAUGCCACACUUCCAUGAGAUCUUGGUCAAGCUGGUUGAGGACGGGGACACUGACCAGCUCCAGAAAGCCAUGGAUUUUACAAGCCAUCACCAUGGUGAUAUCAACAUGCUGUAUGACCUCAUCUUCGCCUUCCUGUCGACGGGAAAGUACAAAGAGGCCAAGAAAAUAUUUGAGACUCCCGGCAUGGUUGCCAAGGACCGUCGUCUGCAGUGGUACGCUGAGCAGUGCAUAGGCAAGAACCAGAUCGAGGCUUUGGAAAACCUGGUUGCCAUGACGAGGGAUUUGUACGGAUGCGACCGAGACAAUGUGCACUUUUACUUGAUGCAGCUGUACGCUCGGCAGAAGGACCCAGACAAGUGUCUGCAGGUGUGGACCACCAUGCAGGAUGAAGGAGUGGUGCCCAAGGACAGGACGCUGCGAUACUUGGCCAAUGUCCUGCGAUCCUUCGACCGGCCAGUCCCCUUUGAAGUGCCGCAGAUAAUGCUAGAUGAGUUGCCUGACGGUCACCUAGUUCAAGGGGAUGCUGUCUUGAAAGUCCAGAACAGAAUCAUUACUAUAGCGAAGUCUGGGAACCUUGAUGGAGCAAUGUCUCUACUAGAAGAGGCCCGGAGCGAGGGCGUAGCGCUCAAGAUGCCAGCCUAUGACGUCAUGAUGUGGGAGUAUCUCAAACAAAAGAACACUGAGGCUUUCUCUAGAGUAAAGAACAUGUGCAAAGACCUGGAAGAUUUUUCACUGAGCAGGAAUCUCAGGAACAAGCUGAUAAUGGAAUAUCUACACAAAGGGGAUGAGGAAGCUGCCCACCAGGUUUACGACGAGCAGAUACAGGAAGGCAUUGCCCCGCUACGGUCAGGAAUGCGGCAUCUAGCGUCCUAUUAUGAGGAAAGGGGAAAUCUGGACCGACUGAUGGAAAUGAAGAGCAAGUAUGAAGAGAAAACAGGCGAGAAUUUCUCCAUGGGGAAGUCCAUACUUGCGGCUUACAUACAGAGGGAUGACAUUUCUGGAGCAGUCAGUUUCAUUGAACAAGAAUUGGAGAAAGAUACAACCCGGAUAAGACGGGUUGGGCUCAGAUCAUUCUUCACAAAAUUAAUCCAAAAGGCAGCUGAUAUGCAACAAGUGUCGGAGAUGGUGGAUAAACUGAAUGACAGAGACAUAGACGGGGGCGUGUGGCAGUUACUCUUUGCAUAUCUAGACUGCAAUCAAGUAGAACAGGCCAAGGCUAUGGCAGAGAAAUACCCGGUCAUCAAGGAGAAAUCCUCAGGAUUAAUAGGUUACAUCAUCUCGCUGCUUGGUCGGGAUUCAGACAUGAUUGGUAAAAUCAACAGCGUCCUAGAGAUGGACAAUGCUGGUGAUUAUCUGGACAAGCGAACAAUCUACUUCUAUCUCUUCAAGGCCUAUGACCAGCACAACAAUUGGGAAGAUGCAAUGAAACUACACGAGAGAAUGCUUGAGGAGAAUGUUCCCGUGACCGACUUCAAUCUCAAAAGACUUGCCUUGCUUCUCCAACGCAAUGACCAACUGGUGCCCUUUGACGAACCACCAGAGUCUAUAAACCAUUACAGAGAACUAUCGAGGUUAGAACACAAAGAUAACCUGACUGAGAUUGAAGAGAUGAGGCCAGAGGACGAGGGCAGCAGACAAGCUCACAACAGCACCGACUAAAUCUGGCACCUAGACCCCCUUCAACCCAAACUUUCUGAAUUCUCCAAAAUCUAACUUUGUGCAGGAAGCGAUUGGUAUUUUUUGUCCGUAGGCAGGUGAAUCAAGUUUCAUUAAAAUAUCAGUACUGAGUUUUGAUGGAAUCAUUGCAAGACACUCGUGUUCUCAGAGUCCCUGAAAUUUAGAUUAUCCAAAUAUUUUAAAUUUGGAGAAGAAAAAUGGUCGAAGUAAAAAGGACAUGAAUGGAUUCAAACCAGGGAUCCUUCGAUCCGUAGUUAAUCUCACUAUUCACAAGGCUACUGUGGUAGCUUGACAACAUCCAUUUUAGUGAAAUACUAUGCAGUGACCUAAAUUCUAUAAUGAUGGUGUUGACGGGAUUGUUCUUUUUUUAUGAAUAAACUGGAUUUUUCCCAUGGAUUCACCUGCCUACAGAA